ACGCAGAUAAUAUGUAAUAAUGUAAACAAGUUUGAAGUCGCUCGCCCAGCUCAAAGACUGACAGGUUCUGACCCCUUACGUAAAGUGAUGUCUGUAAUAUCUAGACUUUAUGUCAACGCCUUGAGGCGAUACCCAUUAGCUGUUCAGUCAUUUCAAGCAGGUAUAUUGAUGGGGGCAGGAGAUGUAAUAUCUCAGUUUGUAGUUGAACAAAAAAAAUUUGAACAGUACCAGUGGCAACGAACUUUAAGGUUUUUUGGCCUUGGAACUUUUUUUGUGGGACCAACGUUGGGAACUUGGUAUGGAGUCUUACACAGGCACAUUGGAUCAGGGAAAGGAAUUGUGGCAGUUAAAAAAGUCGCUGUUGAUCAACUGAUUUUUGCACCAGCAUUUAUUGUAGCAUUUUUAACACUUUUAGGCAUGCUUGAGGGAAACAGUUUUGAAGUAUCACAAGACAUGGUCAGAAAAAAGUAUAAGGAUAUUCUGCUCGCAAACUGGAGUGUUUGGCCUGCUGUUCAGAUUUUCAAUUUCUCCUUCACGCCUUUGCAGCACCAGGUAUUGGUGGUUCAAGUGUUUGCAUUGCUAUGGAAUACUUACCUAGCUUGGAAGACUAAUCAACCUACAACUCCUCCGGAACCGAUUGCAGAUAGCUAGAUGUUUUAAAGAUAAUUUAAUAUCAUUGGCUGGAAUGUUGUUGAAACUUUGCUAAAAUUGAGACCUAUGGUUUUGUGUAAUUAUGUUAGUAUGAACUUUUCUCAUAAGGUCAGAAAAGUUAAUUUGCUCAAAUGUUGUGGAUAAUAUGCAUUUCAGAGGAUGUUAUAGUGUUAUAUUUUGUUUGUUGCCAUACUUUUAAAGGAAAUUUUUACUGUGUUUAGAGUAAUUCAUUAUAUUAUACUUUACUUCUGGUAGUGUAUAGAAUUUAGCAUACUCAUAAGUAAAACCUUUGUUUUAAAAAUUUCCCAUGACAGUCCUAGUUGUCAAAAGGCUUAUAUUCUAAUGUUAUAUUCAGAAACUGUGUAGUUACCUAGAAGGUAUUGCUGCCAGCAGGGAGCAUGUAUUUAUAUGGUGAUUUUGUUAUAUUGCUGUGAUGUUAAUGUUUCAAAGUGCCUCAUUCUCUGUGUACUGCAUUUUCAUUUUUGGUUGACUUACAGGCUUAUUUUUUAAAACUUAUAAUCAUUUGCUGAAUGGAAGAAAAGAAUAUCAUCUGGUGACUGACUGGCAGCACUGUGCAUUCAUGCUUAUAAACCUUGGAUUCCUGUUAGUUGAGAAUAUAAUUUCUCAUUUUUACCAUGCUGUCAACAAGAUAUUUAAUUUCUUGAUUUGGUUUUAGCAUUAUUUUUAUUUCCUUUCCUGUUAAUUCACGCAAAGCUUUUCCUUUUUUCUGCCAGUGUCUCACUUGCUCAUGUGCUGGGAGAUUUUGUUAGUUAAUGAAAUUCAGAGAUUAUUAAAAAGUUCACCUGUUUCAGUGUGCUUUGUUACAGUGGAUUAUGUUUUGCUUGCUUUAACUUGUUGAGGUCCAUUUACUAGGUCAUUUAUUUUGCUAGUUCUAUAUUUGAUUCCAUUACUGUGUAAUAUAUAUGCUAGUAUCUGAUGGAAGUGGGCAAGUUGUUGGACUGUUAUCGUCAAUUUCAGUUAGCAAGUUUUAUUUUGAAUUUUUGAUAUUCUGUAUAUCAAAGAGUAAGUUUCAUUUGCUAGUGUUUCUUUGAAAAAUGUUGGUAUAUUUUAACUUGUACUAAUUUAUCAUUUGUACCUUUUGGCAUUUUAUUAUCUUAUCCACAAGGUUCAUUUUAGCUUUGGAAGCAGAACCUUGGCUUAAAGGAGAGCUGCAUUCAUUCUUUCACUGUAGGUUCCCUUCCUAGGUCUUCAGUCUUCCCAUGUGGAAAUAGUCUUUGGUGAGGACAGGGUUGGGUUGUCACCUAAUCAAGAAGAGGUCUUGUGAAGUCUCUGAAUAAACAGACACUUUUGCUUUGAGGAAAGCCCAGUUUACUGUGACUAAGAUGAAGAGAACUGCUAAAAGCCUCCAGGUGACAAACUUAUUUUUGACACUCCUUCCUUGCACUUAAUAACUUGGUUGAAUUUGUCAUUUAUUUUGAAAAACAUGACCAUGUUGUUAUGCCUCCCUCUUUGGCUUGGCUUGGCUUGGAGGCUUUUAAGUGAAUUCAGUUGCUCUUAGUUCAUCGCAUAUCUCAAUGCUGUACAGCCUUGUGCUGACAGAAGACAUGGUUAGACAUUUUUCCCAGUAAUCCAAAUGCCUGCCUGGAAAUUUCACUGGAGAUGAUUCUUUAUCAUACUGAGAUUGCACCAACUUACCCAGGAAGACCUGCAUUCUGAUUUUGCAUUGGCCUGGCUUAUUUAUGAAGCACAGAAUUUUCAGUUGCAAAAAUUAAAAAUCUGUUAUCCUCACUAAUUUGGGAUUGUUGGUCUCUCAGAUACCAAAAUUUCGUAGAUGAUUAUUUCUUCCUUCCAUCAGGAGGCCUUCUCAAAAAGAGAACAAAGGUAACUAAGUUUCAGGUAAUCUUUCUUCAGGCUGUCCAUAGAUACUCAAUUUAGUACUAUUCAUUUCUUACCCUUUCCAGGUCUUAUAGUAGAACUUAAGGUAAUCAUGACAUCUCUUUCUUGACUGACCUUUUAAGUUAUGAAUGGUCAUAAAUUAGCAUUCAGUUAGACCUUCAUCCAGUCAGCUCAUUCUAGAGUUUCUUCAGCAGCCAGAUCUUGCUUCAUAAAUUGCAAUUCAGUUAAAUUUAGGUGAUGGGUCUGUUUAUUACAGGUUGUUAAUUUUGUCUCAAAGUUUGAAUUUUACUGGCAAUUUGUUUAAAAUAUUUGCAUUGGGGUUUAGGUUCCCUGGAAGUUUUUCACUGAAUGUCUGUGAUACAAUAGAUGUAGAGAUACAAUAGAUGUACAACCAUUUUUCUCUGCAGCAGUACUUGCAAGAAUAACUAAAGUGUUUGAGUGAAUAACACAGAUUUACACAAGCUAAGGACAAAGCUGAUGCUUUAAGAUCAGUAAACUGCUUUGUAUACCCUAUAGCUUAAUUCAGGUUGAAGUUUUGGAAUUCGGAAGAUAUUUUGUUUCAUCUGUUAAUUAGAUGCUUUUUGGGAUAGUUCAGUAUGAUGCUGGAUUGUUUUUUUCAUACAAAAACUGUUAUUUGUUGCUGGACAUUUGUUCCUGUAUUAUUUUUUACCGAAGACAGUGCAAAUUUGUUCUAAUAUGGUUUAUUCCUUAAGACAGUGCCAUGUAUCAAGUUCCUCUCUUUUCUUAUAGAGUUGAUGAAAUAAAAGAUUAUUUUUUUA